ACGUACAUACAAGGUCAAUAAUGCCUCCUUAACUUUAAAAAACAACAAAGGUGCUAAAAGCCAUUUCUGGCAAGAGCAAUCUUCAAAGUCCACUAGAUCUCUAUGACAUCAAGUGUAAUGAGGAUGUGAAGAGGCCAAUGAAUUAUAACACUUGACCAAUUUUUAGACCGAUAUUGAUUCUGAUCACACUAAUCGGUGGAUGUUGUCUAAAUGCCAAGCGCCAACAUCUUUAUUUCUAGUUACGACUUUGUUCAAACCGGGAACUGUAUUUUCGCAUUUUCACCAAUUUGUAAAAUAUCAGACUUGUGAUCAGUGACAAUUGUAAUUGACAAUUUUAACCUUUGUAUCUCCCUAAAAAAGGGAACCCCACAGCUAUGAGUGGAGCAAAUGACCUUGAUCAGACAGACGCCAAUGAGGAGCAGCUUUACAAAGCACAAAGGAUGCAUGUGGAUGUCCUGCUUGACAUGAGUGAGAAGGAAUUUUUAAAGGAAAUGGAGCCACAUGAGUAUCAUUGCUACAGUGGUUGGGAAGAGGCAGUGCGGGGCUGGGACAGAGUUGCUCCGGUCAGUGGCAUUCUUCUCCCUCAAAGGAGAGACAAAAAACAAAAGCCACGUAAGGAGACAACAGACAAUCCAUCUUCCUCCCAUCAAGACACAGUGUUCUAUGGAGAUAUAUUAGCCAGCGGUGGAGAGCAGUGUGGUGAGUCUCAAUCACAACCGGGUCCUCAUAAUUUGAAGAAAUCUACACUAACCCAGAAGGCCACAACGGAGGCAGAAUCCCCAGAAUGGCAUGGACUACAUGGGGUGGAAGAAGACUCAAACAUGCUUCAUGAUGAGAAAGGGCAGCCCAUUGGCGUUCCUCUGAACCUACAACAUUUGCCCCAAACUAUGUCAAAGGCCAGACCAUCCAAAUCCACAAAACGCCAGGCAAGAAGCACAGUGGUUCCCAUUACAAACUUCACAUUUUUACCUCCAAUAAAAUGAAUGAUGCAACAGCCAAAAGUCAGCACGCCAUGAUGCCAUCAACAUUGCAGGAAUAUUACAAGAACUGUUGCAUGUUUUUAUAAUGUGGACUUCUAAAACAAACCAAAGAUGUUGGCAACAUUGUUAUUUUUAAUGGUUAUUAUGCCAAUGUUUUUUUUUUCUUUUUUUUACUUUUUACUCACAUUUUAAAACACAUGCAACAAUAUUCUGUAUAUGAAGGUUGAUUUUGAAUGUGAAUUAUCAGCACCAGUACUUCCUGUCCUGUUGAUUACUGCCCACGCAUAUUAAACUGGAAUUUUAGUUAACGGCUAGUUCCACAGUGUCCUUUCUCAGUUUAGUUACUAAGCAACGUGAACUGGAUGCAGAUUAGUCAGAAAAUGAGAGUAAAACUAACCAUCCACAUCACAUUCUGACAAAAAUGAUCACACAAUAGAGUAGUUCCAGCAGUUUAUUAGCUUUUGGAGGUAAGUUGCAACAUGUAAAUCAAAGCAACAUGUAAUUUGGCAGUAAUGGACACAAAGCAUUUUGUGCCGUGCAAAUACAUGCGA